AUUCACCCACAAGUGCGAGCUUUUGUUGCUGGCCUAAAUGACGUCAUCUGUAUCGACUGGUUACGCUUNGACGCGGACGAAUUACAGACACUGAUUUCCGGUGCGGAUACUGUGAUCGAUGUAGACGAUUUGCAAAAGCACACCGUGUAUCCUCGAGAUACAACAGAUUACAGUGAGACAUUGGAACAUUUCUGGGCCGUGUUACGCACUCUUUCCGAACAGGACAAGCGGUUGUUCCUGCGUUUCGUCACUGCAUGUUCUCGACCACCUAUGUUUGGUUUUCGUGACUUACAACCUCCAUUUUCAAUUCAAAUCACCGACGAAGUGGAUCGUCUUCCUACAGCAAGCACGUGUAUGAAUCUGCUUCGUCUGCCUAACUUCCGUGAUCCCGACUUGCUCCGGGAGCGUCUGUUGUACGCGCUUCACGCCAAUGCUGGAUUUGAAUACAGUUGA